UGUCUGAGAAGUGCUCCGGAUUUUGCAGCGAACGGUCGUAUAUACUUGUGCGCGCAACGUUCAUCGUCUUCGCUGGCUCGCGCAUUAAAAUUCGUAUUAUAGUUUUCCUACGCACCCACGCAGGCAAGAGCAGCGACAGCGGCAGAGGCAGAGCAAGUGACAGGCUGAUAGAAAGAAAAAAAUAACAACUACCUCAGUUAGCAGCAGAGAGUCGAAGGCAAAAUGUCGAAGCCACAAUCGGACGCGGAUCGCAGGAAGCAAAUAUCGGUGCGCGGCAUCGCUGAGGUGGGCAACGUAACCGAGGUGAAGAAGAACUUCAAUCGCCACUUGCAUUACACCCUGGUCAAGGAUCGUAAUGUCGCCACGCUGCGCGAUUACUACUUUGCUCUGGCCAACACCGUCAAGGACAACAUGGUCGGCCGCUGGAUACGCACACAGCAGCACUACUACGAGAAGGAUCCCAAGCGCGUCUACUACCUCUCGCUGGAGUACUACAUGGGCCGCUCUCUGACCAACACGAUGAUCAACUUGGGCAUUCAGAGUGAGUGCGAGGAGGCCAUGUAUCAACUGGGUCUGGACAUUGAGAACCUCGAGGAGAUGGAGGAAGAUGCUGGCUUGGGCAAUGGUGGUCUGGGUCGUUUAGCGGCCUGUUUCCUCGACUCGAUGGCUACGCUGGGUCUGGCUGCCUAUGGUUAUGGCAUCCGCUAUGAGUACGGCAUCUUUGCCCAGAAGAUUCGCAACGGCGAGCAGGUGGAGGAGCCCGAUGAUUGGUUGCGUUUCGGCAAUCCCUGGGAGAAGGCGCGCCCCGAGUUCAUGUUGCCCAUUAACUUUUAUGGCCGUGUGAUCGAUACACCCGAGGGCAAGAAGUGGGUGGACACGCAGAAGGUCUAUGCCAUGCCCUACGACAAUCCCAUACCCGGCUACAACAACAACCAUGUGAACACGCUGCGUCUGUGGUCCGCCAAGUCGCCCGUGGACUUCAACCUGAAGUUCUUCAACGAUGGUGACUACAUUCAGGCCGUGCUGGAUCGUAACCUUGCCGAGAACAUCUCUCGUGUGCUGUAUCCCAACGAUAACUUCUUUGAGGGCAAGGAGCUGCGUCUGAAGCAGGAGUACUUCAUGUGCGCUGCCACCCUGCAGGACAUCAUCCGCAGAUACAAGGCUUCCAAGUUCGGUAGUCGUGAGGCGGUGCGCAACUCCUUCGAUCACUUCCCCGAUAAGGUGGCCAUUCAGCUGAACGAUACGCAUCCAUCGUUGGCCAUACCCGAGCUGAUGCGCAUCUUGGUUGAUGACGAGCAUCUGGAAUGGGAGAAAGCUUGGGAUAUCACUGUACGCUCUUGCGCCUACACCAAUCAUACCGUGCUGCCUGAGGCUCUGGAACGCUGGCCCGUGUCCAUGUUGGAGUCGAUUUUGCCUCGUCACUUGCAGAUCAUCUAUCACAUCAAUUUCCUGCACAUGGAGAAUGUGAAGAAGAAGUUCCCCGAGGACUUGGACCGCAUGCGUCGUAUGUCCUGCGUUGAGGAGGAUGGCGAGAAGCGCAUCAACAUGGCUCAUCUCUCAAUUGUUGGCUCCCAUGCUGUCAAUGGUGUCGCUGCCAUCCACUCGCAGAUUCUGAAGGAUACGCUAUUCCGUGACUUUUAUGAAAUGGAUCCCAAGAAGUUCCAGAACAAGACGAACGGCAUUACACCCCGUCGUUGGUUGUUGCUCUGCAACCCGGGCCUGUCCGAUCUCAUUGCCGAGAAGAUCGGUGACGAGUGGCCCGUGCAUUUGGAUCAGCUGGUUGCCCUCAAGAAGUGGGCCAAGGAUCCCAACUUCCAGCGCAACGUCGCACGCGUCAAGCAGGAGAACAAACUGAAGUUGGCUGCUAUCUUGGAGAAGGAUUACGGUGUUAAGGUGAAUCCUGCCUCCAUGUUUGACAUUCAGGUGAAGCGCAUCCACGAGUACAAGCGCCAGCUGCUCAACUGCCUGCACAUCAUCACCCUCUACAAUCGCAUCAAGAAGGAUCCCACAGCCAACUUCACACCCCGUACCAUCAUGAUCGGUGGCAAGGCCGCUCCUGGCUACUAUGUGGCCAAGCAGAUCAUCAAGCUGAUCUGUGCCGUUGGCAAUGUCGUCAACAACGAUCCCAUUGUUGGUGAUAAGCUUAAGGUCAUCUUCCUGGAGAACUAUCGUGUAACGCUGGCCGAGAAGAUCAUGCCCGCCGCCGAUCUAUCGGAACAGAUCUCAACGGCUGGUACUGAGGCAUCCGGCACUGGCAACAUGAAGUUCCAGCUUAACGGUGCCCUAACCAUUGGAACUCUGGAUGGUGCGAAUGUGGAGAUGGCCGAGGAGAUGGGCAUGGAUAACAUUUUCAUCUUUGGCAUGACCGUCGAUGAGGUUGAGGCCUUGAAGAAGAAGGGCUACAAUGCCUACGACUAUUAUAAUACCAACCCGGAGGUCAAGCAGGUCAUCGACCAGAUUCAGGGCGGUUUCUUCAGUCCCGGCAAUCCCAACGAAUUCAAGAAUAUUGCGGACAUAUUGCUGAAGUACGAUCACUACUACUUGCUGGCCGAUUACGAUGCGUACAUUAAGGCGCAGGAUCUGGUCUCAAAGACCUAUCAGAAUCAAGCCAAGUGGCUGGAGAUGUCCAUCAACAACAUUGCCUCCAGUGGCAAAUUCUCAUCGGAUCGUACCAUUGCCGAAUAUGCCCGCGAAAUCUGGGGCGUCGAACCCACCUGGGAGAAGCUGCCGGCACCGGAGGAUCAGCAAUAAAUCAAUUCAAUUAACUUUUUUUGAUAUUAUCUAUAUAUUUUAUUAUUCGUGUGCUUUACUUAUGUUAAAGUCCCCAAACCCCACAAUUUUUAGGAGCCAAAGCUAGCGCUAAGGAGUGAACAUCGAUCGGGCUCAUUGUUAUAAAUAUUAAAUAUCUUAUUUAAUAAAUUUUAAACAAAUCCA